AUGCCCCCCGCCAAACCCCCCCGCGCCCCGCGCGCCCCCCCCCGCAAACGCGCCCCACGCCCCACGCCCCCCGCCGCCUCCCCCCCACGCUCCCCCUCGCCCCCCUCGCCCCCCCCGCCCUACACACCCCUCUCCACGACCCUGGCCACCGUCUUCGACAGCGCGCAAAAGACGACCGCGGGCCACCGCAAGCUGGCCGUGACGCUGCGCGCGACCUACGAGCAGUGCAUCGCCGGCACUGGCGCCAUCGGCGCUACGGUCCCGGGUGGCGGGGGGCAGAGGGGCGAGAAGGCGUUUGUGAAGGAGUUUUUCCGCUUCUUGGAUCGUGUGCUGGUGGUGAAGAAGGGGGAGGUGGUGGCGGACCGGUGUUUGAGGUUUGUGGAUGUGUUUGUGAGGGGGCUGUUGGAGAAGGAUAAACCGAAGCCCAAGAACAAGAAACCAAAACCUACCCCCGCCGCAGACGGCGCAGAAGGCGACCCCCCACCCGCCGAAGAAGACGCCUCCUCCGACGACGACGACGAACCCCCCUUCGACCCCGCCACCUUCACCCCGCAGCCCCCGCACCGCUUCGUCCUCGCCCUCCUCCAACACCUCACCCCCCUCCUCUCCAGCAAAGAAAAGGCCGCCCGCUACCGCACAACCCAGCUCCUCUCCCUCCUCCUCUCCAACACGCUCCCCCCCUUCCCCACCGCCUUCUCCACCACGCUCACGGAGCUCAGCAAGCGCCUCAAGGACCGCGAAGCCCCCGUGCGCGUGCAGGCCGUCGUGGCGCUCGUCCGCCUCCUCGAGAUGGGCGUCGACGGCACGGACGCCGACGACGGCGCCAGCGAGGACGAAUCGACGGCUGCGGCCGCCCCCGCCCCCGGCGGCGCCCUCGCACUGCUCCUCGACGCGAUCGAGAAGGACCCCAGCGCGGACGUCCGCAGGACCAUCCUCUACAACGUCUCGCCGACGCCACACACGCUGCCGUAUCUGCUCGCGCGCACGCGCGACGUGGACAGCGCGACGCGGCGCAGCGUGUUUACGCGGCUGCUGCCGACGCUGGGGGACUUCCGGCAUCUGUCGAUCGGGAUGCGGGAGAAGCUGUUGCGGUGGGGGCUGAACGACCGCGACGAGAGCGUGCGUGUGGCGGCGCGGAAGAUGUUUAAUUACCGGUGGGUCGAGGACGUGGGCGGGGACCUGCUGUCGGUGCUGGAAAGGCUGGAUGUUGUCGGGGACGGGUCGCAGGGCGGGGUGAAGGAGGUUGCGAUGCGCGGGUUCUGGAGUGAGCGGAAGGACGUGGUGGAGCAGGUUGUGCUGGAUGACGAGUUUUGGGAGAACCUGACGGCCGAGAGCGCGUUCCUGGCCAGGUCGUUCAACGACUAUGUCAAGAGCGGCGGAGGCAGCGGGGGCGGCGGCGGCGGCGGCGGCGGCGGCGGCGGUGAGGGCGGCGGAGCAGGUGGGGCAGCGGCAGAGCUGGAGGAGAAGAUGCCCGAGGUGACAAAGCUGGCGUUCUGGCUGCAGCGCUACAUCAACAAGCUGAUCGCGGCCGUCGAGGCCGAGGACGAGGAGGCCGGCGAGCUCGAGUUCAUCGUCGAGCAGAUGCUGAUGAUCGCGCUCAAGACGGACUACGGCGACGAGAUUGGGCGGCGCAGGAUGUUCACGCUGCUGCGCGAGAGCCUGAGCAUCCCGCAGCUGACGGAGGGCGUGACGAAGCUGGUGGUCGAGUGCCUGGGCAAGCUGAGCAUGGGCGAGGGCGACUUCUGCAUGCUGAUCCUCGAGGUCAUUGCGGAGGUGCACGAUGCCAUCGAGGACGAGCAGCAGGAGGGCGACGAGACGGUGGGCGACGAUGCGGCGUCGGAGAGCUUCCACUCGGCGCAGAGCGACAUUGAGGACGGCGUGAACGAGAGCAUCACCGUGCGGAAGGAGAAGGAGCGGGAGCGGGAGCGCGAGACCGCGGAGAAGAAGCGCAAGAAGGCGGCCGCGGACAGCAGGAAGAAGAAGAAGAAGAAGAAGGCCUCCCAGCAGCAGCAGCAGCAGCAGGACGAAGACGCGGACAUGAUGGACGUCGACAUGAUGGACGUUGACGACGCCGAGGAAGAAGAGGAAGCUGAAGACGACGACGAGGAGGACGAGGAGGAGGCGCGCGCGAUCAAGGAGAUGAUGAUCAACCUCAAGUGCCUGCACAUUGCGCAGUGCAUGCUGGAGAACGUCGAGGGCAGCCUGAAGCAGAACACGCAUCUGGUGAGCAUGCUGAACGGCCUGAUUGUGCCGGCGGUGCGCUCGCACGAGGCGCCGGUGCGGGAGCGCGGGCUGCACUGUCUGGGCCUGUCGUGUCUGCUGGACAGAACCCUCGCCGAAGAAAACCUCACCCUCUUCGCCCACUGCUUCAACAAAGGCCACGAAGCCCUCCAAAUCUCCGCCCUCCACAUCAUCUCCGACAUCCUCACCAUCCACGGGUCGACCCUCUUCACCUCCCCCAGCUGCGCCGUCGACCAACGCAGCCUCUACCGCCUGCUCGCAAAGGCGCUCAAACUCGACGACCACACCGACGUGCAGUCCACGGCCGCCGAAGUCGUCUGCAAGCUCAUGCUCGCGCAAGUGAUCCAAGACGACGAGCUGCUCAAGUUCCUCGUCGUCGCCUACUUCGACCCGGCCACGGUCGACAACCACGCGCUCAGGCAGAUACUGACGUACUUCUUCCCCGUGUACUGCCACUCGCGGCCGGCGAACCAGGGGCGCAUGGCGCGCGGCGUGGUGGGCAUCCUGCAUGCGCUCGUGGUGAUGCGCGAGGGCAUGGGCGAGGAGGAGGAGAUGGUGGGGCUGGGCGUGGUGUGUGCGCAGCUCGCCGACUGGACGGAUCCGAGGAAGAAUGUGGGCGGCGGCGUGAGCGCGGGCAAGGGCGGCAUCGCAGAAAAAAUAGUAGAUCCCGACGUGCAGGUGGUUAUGGCGGCGGAGAUGCUGGAGAGGGUGUUUGCGGGUGGCUGUGGCCGCGAAGAGAAGAAAUGCCUCCUCUCAACCCUCGCCAAGCUCUACAUCCCCGCCGACGCCACCCCCGAGCGCCUCCGCACCCUCUACGAGCUCGUCGCGCGCGCCAUCGAAGAGAACGUCGCGGUGGACGCGCCGUCGCGCAACGCGCUGAACAAGCUUGAAGUCUCGCUCGGCAAGAUAGUCGGUGAUCUUGCUGCAGCAGCGGAGGACACUGUUAUUGCCCCCGCGGAGGAUGAUGAGGAGGGAGAAGGGAGCGAGUGGGGGGGGACGGUGGCGACUGUAUUGUUGGAUGGGAGGGAGGAGGAGGGGCGGUAUGAGGAGGGCGAGCAGGAGAAGGAGGAGGAGGAGCAGGAGGAGGAGGAGGAGGAGGACGGGGAGGAGGAGUAG